CUCUCAGCACACCGAACGACUCAAUCAUCUGUCUAUAUUUGUAGCUUUAAAAAUGAAGUUUCGCAGCUUGGUCGCGUCUCUGUCGCUGCUGGUCGUCGCAGGAGUGAGUCACGGCCUCCCAGCCGUCGUCACGGCCCCUCCUCAAGUGGCCGCCCAGUGCCCCUACACGCCGGGGCCGAUCCCUCUGCUGCUGCCCAACCCCGUCGACUGCGGCUCCUUCUACAUGUGCAGCUGGUACGGGACGGCCCUGUUGCAGCACUGUCCUCCUGUGCUGCACUUCAACGCCAAAUUGCAAGUGUGUGACUCUCCUGAACACGCCAACUGUAUCGAGAAAACCACAGCUACCCCUGUCUCCAGCACCUCAACUGCUGCCCCAGCCUUCAAUGUGACCACAACUGUCCCUGUCUCCAACGUAACUACAGCUGUCCCAGUCUCAAAUAUAACUACAGCUGUUCCAAUCAACAAUGCGACCACAACUGUUACUUCGUCAGCGUGACCACACCUUUUCCAAACUCCACUGUAACCGCAGCUGUACCCAGCUGGUCUAUGUCUCUAUGCAUCCAGUGUCCAGGGUGACCACGCCUGGACCAGACCAGAGUGCGAAUCACAAGCACAAUCAAAAUGCCUCCCAAUGUAUCCUGCAUUUACUUUGCAAUAAACUUUUUGAAAUCGAA